AAAUUAUUUGUUUAUGAUUGUGUGUCGAAAAGUGUAAAAUUUUUUAGCGUCCUCUCAGAAAAUUCCUUAAAAUUGUAUUAAAGUAGUGAAAUAAGUGGCUUUCUUUGGCUGGAUUACAGUACUGGUAGCGUAGCCUCACGGGGACAAUGGAGGUCAAAGGCGAUUUGUCCAAUCUGUGUAGGGUGUGCACCAGGGAGACUAGCCUGAGAAAAUCUGAAGACAUCUAUGAGCCGAUCGGGUCAGACAAAACAACCAUCCACUGCAUGCUGGUGGCGAUUUGUGCACCGGUUUUCGGUUCUUCCGGUUCGGAGGAAGAAGAACAGCAGCAGGCAUCGGAAAAGGGAAAUACCAAGCUUCCCAGGAUUGUGUGCUUGAUGUGCAAAAGUAAAAUUGAAGCUGCAUAUGAGUUGCACCAGACGUGUAUCGAGUCGGAUCGAAAGCUCUGGAAGAUGGUGAUUUCAGUGAAGCAGGAACCGCAGGAAUAUGACGAAGUUCUGCAGGGCAUAGUAGUGGAACCACUGGUGGUGCUCUGUCCUUCGGCUUCGACCAAACAGGAGCAGGCGCUGGAUUUAAACGAUGAAGAGGUUUACCCGGGUGAUUCUGCGGGGGAUGAUGAUUUUGACGAGGACGAUGACUACAAGGAUGGAGAUUAUAUUGAACCUUCUUCUGGGGGAGGGGGUGCGGGUUCGGAUUGCAAUGAAAAUUCUGGAAAGCGGAAAACCAGACGGAAGCGAAAAGAAAAGAAACCUCCCCCACCAAAGGUUGACGCGAGUGAGCGAACCUGUGGAUUUUGUUUUAAGUUAUUGAGGACUGUUCUGGCGAUGAUGAAGCACAUGAAGGCGGACCAUCCGGAUCAGGUUCGGGCUUGUACUGAGUGCGAUUGUUCCUUCGAUACCGAGGAGAAGCUGGCUACGCAUAAAGUCGACCACGGGAUGCCCUGUCAAGUUUGCAACCAUAUUGUUCAACCUACCAGAGAAGCACGGGCACAUGCUCCUCAUAAGUGUGAUCAAUGCGGCAAAGGAUUCUUCACGGCCAAAAAUCUCAAACAGCACAUGCUCUGCCACACGGAUCAGCGACCGUUCGCAUGCGAUCUUUGUCCAAUGAGCUUCCCGACAAAGGGUUCGCUCAAGACUCACAUGGUCACCCACACCAGGGAGAAAAACUACAUCUGCGAUAUUUGCGGAUCCCGGUUUCAGGCCAACAAAUCGCUACUCAAACACAGUCGAAUUCAUGCCGGUAUACGUCCUUACGCGUGUGAGCUCUGUGACUUCAAAUUUACCAACUCCUACGCCCUCAAAAGGCACAUGCGAACUCACACCGGUGAAAAACCGUACAAGUGUUGCUACUGCGAGCGUGCCUUUGCCCAGAGCAACGAUCUGGUGAAGCACAGUCGGACCCACAUCGGUGACAACCCCUACAGAUGCGAUCGCUGCGAAGCAACGUUCCGAUUUAUGGCUGAUCUGAGGAAACACUACGAAAUACACUACCAGGGAACAACCCCGGAAGAAGCCCUCAAGGCGCUGGACCGCCGCCAGGGUGGCAAAAAGAAACCCUCCACCGAAGCAGAUACCGGCUUUCGGUUCACAACGGUUUCGUUGCUCUCGAAGCGGUUCGAAAUCGAAACAAAAGAAAAACACGAUGACGGCCCAACUGGAUCGGAACAGAGCUCGCCGGUUGCUGCAAAUCCUACGCAACAGAACUCCCAACAACAACAGCAACCACCACAACAGCAUCAUCCGCCAGCACCAGGACCGGACGCAACGGUGCAAGCUGCCGCCGGAGUUUCAGCUGUACGCCAUAUAUUGGGUUUUUUCUAGGAACUGAUCGUAACGGUAAGUUGGAAGGCAUUUUUUGUUCGGAUUUUAAAAAGCGCUGACAACAAUUGUUGUGGAAAAUUUAUGUUGAAAUCUCCUCAUUUAACGAAAUUGUGAAUGAACAAAUGUUUCAAAAGUUGCUAUGUAAAGCAUUGAUUCGUCGUUCUUGACAUCGUUUAUUCAAUUAUUUCUAUAAGCGCCAUUCAUAAGGUGAAAGUCCUGUUUAACUGAAAUGAUAUAAAUAAUCGACGGCAAAUAAUAAACCGGCAAUUUACUCAUAGAAAUUUUAACCUAAGCUGUACUGUAAUAAACUUAUAUGAAAUAAUUGAUUUAAUAUAGUGUCGCAAGGUAUUAUUCUUAGAUUAGUGCAAGUAUGUUUUUCG